AGUAAAAAAAAAAAAACCAAACCCAGUCUACCUAGAGUUAAAUUUUGACAAUGGGGUACAUUGGGAUUUUAAUAUUUUUUUGGUUUUGUCUUCUCAUUCUUUGCCAAAAACAGUGAAAACUCAUGAAAGUCUAGGACUUUUCAGGUCACCUUCUUCAAUCAAAGAGGACCCCUUUCUCUUUUUGCCUUAUUUUUUUUCCCUGUUCAUGGAUCCCAAGGGCUCAAAGCAGACACAAGAGAUACCCAGCUUCUUGAGCCUCCCACAGCCUCAACAGCAGCAACAACAACAACAGCAGCAGCAGCAGCAGCAGCAGCCCAACAUGAGUGAGAACAAACCUGCUGAAAUCAAAGAUUUCCAGAUUGUGAUUGCAGACAAAGAAGAGGGGAAGAAGCAGUUGGCGCCCAAGAGAAGCUCAAACAAAGACAGACACACAAAGGUUGAAGGCAGGGGAAGGAGGAUACGGAUGCCUGCUCUGUGUGCAGCAAGAAUUUUUCAAUUGACCAGAGAAUUGGGCCACAAAUCUGAUGGGGAAACCAUACAGUGGCUUUUGCAGCAGGCCGAACCGUCGAUAAUUGCAGCCACCGGGACCGGUACGAUACCAGCAUCGGCUUUAACAGCGGCAGGAGGCUCUGUUUCACAGCAGGGGACUUCUCUAUCAGCUGGAUUGCACCAAAAGAUUGAUGAAUUGGGGGGGUCCAGUAUUGGGUCAGGGAGUAGGACCAGUUGGGCAAUGGUAGGUGGGAAUUUGGGGAGACCCCAUGUGGCCACUGGGCUAUGGCCCCCUGUCAGUAGCUUUGGUUUCCAGUCAUCAUCUGGUCCAUCAACAACAAAUCUGGGCAGUGAGAGUUCAAAUUACAUGCAAAAGAUUGGCUUUCCUGGCUUUGACUUGCCUGUCUCCAACAUGGGUCCUAUGAGUUUCACCUCAAUUUUGGGUGGUGGGAGUAACCAACAGCUUCCUGGCUUGGAGCUUGGGUUGUCUCAGGAUGGUCAUAUUGGGGUUUUGAACUCACAAGCCUUGAGCCAGAUUUACCAGCAGAUGGGGCAUGCUAGAGUACACCAGCACCAGCACCAGCACCAGCACCAGCACCAGCACCAGCAACCCCCUGCUAAGGAUGACUCUCAAGGCUCAGGACAGUAGAACAUUUGGUCACAUUAGAUUCUGUGAAAUUUGGGAGGGACAUGCAAGCAGUAGCAUUUUGUUGGGAGACUGAGUUUGUUUUUGGUAAUGGUAUUUGUAUUGUAUAAUUGGAAAAGAAAAAAAAAAGGUGAGGAAAGAGAUACUUGAGAGAGUUCAAUAGGGACUGGAUUUGUUUUGCCCCUUCUUUUUCUCCACUGCAUGACUCAAGUCUCCAUAUACAGGUGGGAUUUUGCACGGUCAAAUUGUUUGGGUUUGGACUUAGCUGCUGCUUUAAUUCAGAGGUGUGUUGAUUAUAGUGUAAGGCAUCUUUAAUUAUUUUGUUCUUCACUGGGUGUGGAUGAAGUGGUGCUCAGUUUGUUUGUGAAAAUUUAAACGUAGAGUUCUAUAGUCAUACUUAUCCAAUUUCUUCAUAGAUCUACUAAAGGGUUCUUAGUUAUCUAAGAUCUUCAUUAUGUUCUGGGGCAAUUACCUAUCCAAUUAUCUAUCUUACUACUACUACAUGCAAAUUAAUUGCUCUCUCAUAUCACUUCCAAAGAACACCUCUCUGGACCAA